AUGACGCCGGAGAAGGUGAAAGAGCACAAGGACAGGAACUGGACGUAUUUUCUGCGGAACUGUCGCCGGUUGGUGCCGGAACGGGAACGUUUGUUGCAGCGUUUCAAUAAAGUGAUAGAGCAGUUCUGGGAUGUCAUUGAUUCCAAGUCCGGAGAAAUUCUCCUACGGCCGAAAGCCAUGGACGCCAUUCACCUCCUGCGCAGGCACAUCGAAGCUGACUGCUUGAUUGAUCCCGACGAUGUAGCGCUGUUGCUAUCGACGUAUUGCGCGUCUCCCGCGCUAGCCCACUCCAUCCUCCUUGAGUUCAACCAUCGCUGGAAUAUCAAGAUGGCUGUGAAGAACCGCAACCUGCCGAAGGAGAUCGGCGGAUGCUUCGAUCAGUUCGACAUCGAGAUCAUUCAACGCGAGACGACGUCCUGGGACCUGGACAGCCCGGUAUUUUCUGAACGGGUUUCGGCACUUGACGCGGCAGACACUGGCCAGAGGAGUGGGCUCGCGCAGAGCAUGUGCGGGGGGGCUGAUGCUGGUGAUUCGGGGGUUGAUGCUCUUGGCGAGCAAGAAAUGGUCCAGAAUGCUGUGCCUCUUCCUAAGAUCACGCAUUCCGCGAACGAGUAUGCACGCAUGAUGAACGUCGGAAUGCCUGAAUGCCCGUGCACAAUGGAGUAGAGAGGCGGAAACUUGCCAGCGGGCCAGCAGAUUGGUAGACUCCAGCAAUACCAGGGGGUCAACUUCGCCGGAUGGGCACAGAAGUGGAACGAGCACUGCGGCAAGAUUGAGUCUGGCCGGGCGGAGUGGGAAGCAGUGUAUCGUAAAACCGCGAGGCAAAUGCAGGCUUACUACGAGCUUUACAGACAACGCGCGAAUGCUACGAACACUAGCUAGACUAGACUGUUUCCAAUCCGCCAGGCAAAUGCGGAGUUGCGAAGUACUUUGCAGGAGCCUGCGGGAGGCGAGGAGUUUGCCGGUAUGGUCCGUAGCGUAGUGCCCCCGGCUGUUCCACGGAGUCGUUCUGGGGCAGGAGUUGGCGCUUGGUACGGGGGUGGCGCAGCGGCUGGUGUAGUGGGUGGCGCAGCUGCUGAUGUAGGGGAUGGAUAGAUGGUCGAUGUUGUGGGCGGCGGACAUGCGGAGUUCAGCCCAGAACGAGAGUCGACAAAGGCCAAGGGUCCACCUCGAGCCCCUCAGCAGUGUGUUACGUGCGGCCACCGCAGACAGCAAGGCGGAUACAAGGUGGCGCACCCUCCCCCGCGAGAGAGGGGAGAGAGCCGCGCUUGCAAUGUACCAGUUGAGGAGUACCGGCCUGACGCACACAGGACAGGACAAAUGAGGCCGGAGGGGAAGAGAGGAGGAGGGUAGUCUAGGUGUGAUUGUGCCAAGUGCACUUCAACUGCAUAGUCCUGGGUUCCCACGUUAAAUUGCGUCAAAUUGACACGAAAAUUUUGGACUGAGAUAGAUUGACACCAAAAAAAGUGACGGUUGGCAAAUUGACACGAAAAAAGGUAACGGUUGGAAAAUUGAAACGAAAAACUAUUCCGCCGCACGUUGCCUGGCGAAGGCCAGCAGCGGCGCAGCCUCAAGUUACAAAAACUUCAACCCCAGCUGCACCGCUGCACCGCCGGUAAACCCAACGGUCGCGCUCCCUCAUCACCGCACCCGACACGGAACGAGGGGAUAGCACGCCUUGCGCGAGGUAGAAUCCGCUACGAGUGGUAUGAUGAGUGCAUGCAGGUUCUACUGCUUGCUGUGUUGUGC